AUGGUCAAGAAAUACAAGAUAACCUACACUACGGAGGGAUCAGAGGCGUCCCCUAAGACAGGCCACAUAGAUUCCUUCUUCCUCCAGUUCCGCAUCAAAGAUCUGGCAGAUACAGUCUUCGUAGGAUGGGCAGUCGAAGUACUAGGCGAUAUUGGCGACAACGUGACAAAGGAGAGUUACUUCCCUCAAGAUGAUGGAGAAGCGGUGGAAAUCGACGCGAAUACAAAGAUCGAGACCACCCAUACGAACGAUCUGGAACUUAUCGGAAUGAUCGCAUUUAUCCAAGAGUGGCUGCGUAGCGGAAAACAAUGGGAGUUCAAAUCCAUCGAUGUCAAGAGCCAUGAAGAACUCGUGGAGAUUCAGCGCAAGAACGGAGGAGCUACACGUACAUAUGCCAAAGCUGAGGAUGAAGUAGACGACGAAGAUAUUGACCGAGGGUACGAGGGGUGGGUCACGCCAGGACUGUAUAAAGCGAUUGAAAGAGCUUACGAUUCCGCAUACAGAAAGGAAGCCAGAAUCCAGCAUGAGGAGUCCCAAAACGUUCGCCGCGUACGAUAUUAUGCAAUGAUUGAUGGUCACAGGCAGCCGGUGAUUGGCCGCACGAACUCCGAUCGUGUUUUUGCGAAUAUCAACAACAUCAACGACGAUAUCAAAAAAAGAGACCCAAGUACCAAAUGUCUUUGGGAAAUCUUGGACUGUCCGUUCAAAGACUACGAAGAACUCAUCGAAGAACAGAGAUGUGAUGGAGGAUGUAUAAGAGCGCGCAAAAAGGGCAAGGACUAUGGCGACAAGAAUGACGAUAUUCACAGAGUUGACGAGAAAUGGUACAGAGAGGAAAACCCUGAUUAUUCAGGAUCAGAAUCGGAGGACGACGAAGAAGAUUACUUUGAAGAAUGCUAUGAAGGAACAUGGUCAACUAGGGAUCUGCUCAUCGCACAAGACAAGGCCGCGAAGAAAGCUGAUUGGUUUCCUAGUCGUCUCCGACUGGAGAAUGUCAGCAAGAAGACGCAGCCUUCUACAGAGAAAAAAGGCCUCAAAAAGGAGAGCAGCAACCGUAAAGAGGAAGGAGAGCAGCACGUCCUUUGGUGGAUGAAGCGUCAAGGGUGA